UGCGCGUGCGCGCUGGCUCCCGUGGCCGCCAUGCCGGAGCCGCGCGGGGCAUCACCUCUGCGCGUGAACGCGGCGUUCGCCGCUCGCUACAGCCGCUACCGGGAGCGCGAGGAGCUGCAGCGACUCAAGGAUCGCUACGGGGACCGGGACGGGGACGACUCGAGCUCCGAGUCCGACUCGAGCGACGAGCGCGUGGAAUUUGACCCACAGCAGGAGCGCGACUUUUACCGGACCCUGUCCCUGCUGAAGAAGAAAGACCCCCGGAUUUACCAGAAAGAUGCUACCUUCUAUCAGAGCCCAGCUUCAUCCUUGGAGGAGGAAGAGGAGACGUCUACUUCAGAGAAGCGAAAGAAAGUGCGACCCAUGUACCUGAAGGACUAUGAGCGGAAGGUCAUCUUGGAGAAGGGAGGCAAAUAUGUGGACGAGGAGAGCUCGGACGAGGGGAGCUCAGCUCAGAGACUCCAGCCAGCCUCAUCCAAAAGUUACGUGGAGGAGCAGCAGCAGCUCAAGGAGAGCUUCCGCGCGUUCGUGGAAGGCAGUGAGGAUGAGGACAGCGCCGGAGAGGGGGGCUCCGGGCUGCUGCAAAAGCGAGCCAAGAGCCAGGAGGAGAAGGCCCAGGAGGAGGCGGACUAUGUGGAGUGGCUGAAGGGACGGAAGGAGGCCCGGGACCCAGAAUCCCUGAAGGAGCUGACCUACCUCAGGGAGUACUGGAACAACCCGGAGCUGGAGGAGGGGGAACAGUUCCUGCGGGAUUACAUCCUCAACAAGCGCUACGAGGAGGAGGAGGAGGAGGAGGAGGAGUGCAUCCCCGGCCCCCCUGUGCAGCUGGCUGUGGAGGACUCCUCGGACGAGGGCGAGCUGUUCCUCAAGAAACAGGAGGAUUUUGAGCACAAAUACAACUUCCGCUUCGAGGAGCCGGACUCCGCCUCGGUCAAGACCUACCCACGCAGCAUCGCGUCCUCCGUGCGGCGCAAAGACGAGCGCCGGAAGGAGAAGCGAGAAGAGACGCGGGAGCGCAAGAGGAGGGAGAAGGCCAAGAAGCAGGAAGAACUGAAACAACUCAAGAACCUGAAGCGGAAGGAGAUUCUGGCCAAGCUGGAGAAGCUGCGGCAGGUCACUGGCAACGAGACGCUAGGCUUGGAGGAGCAGGACCUCGAGGAGGACUUCGACCCAGCGCGCCACGACCAGCUCAUGCAGAAGUGCUUUGGCGAUGAGUAUUACGGCGCCACGGAGGAAGAGAAGCCACAGUUUGAGGAGGAGGAAGGGCUGGAAGAUGAUUGGAAUUGGGACAGGUGGGACGGGCCCGAGCAGGACGGAGCCUGGAGCCAGCACGAGCCGCACUGCGAGGAUGCCGACUUCAAUAUGGACGCUGACUACGACCCCAGCCAGCCGCGGAAGAAGCAGCUCAGACCGCCCACAUCAGGCAAGAAGAAACGCAGGUCGCCCUUCGCCGCUGCCGUGGGCCAGGAGAAGCCAGUGUUUGACCCUGGGGACAAGACGUUUGAGGAGUACCUGGACGAGUACUACCGCCUGGACUAUGAGGACAUCAUCGAUGACCUGCCCUGUCGCUUCAAGUACCGCAGCGUGGUUCCCUGUGACUUCGGGCUCAGCACCGAAGAGAUCCUGGCCGCGGACGACAAGGAGCUGAACCGGUGGUGCUCACUGAAGAAGACCUGCAUGUACAGGUCAGAGCAGGAGGAGCUGCAGGACAAGAGGGCGUACAGCCAGAAGGCGCGCAACACGUGGAAGAAGAGACAGAUCUUCAAGUCGCUCUGUGCUGAAGAGACGGAAGUGCCCACUGAAGCCACAAGGAAGCCACAGGGAGAUGAGGCCAGUGCGCUUGGUCCGCUGUCGGCGCCCGACGGGUCGCAGGGGAAGCGGCCCCGCCCUGAGAGCCCCCCGGCACAGGAAGACGGGGCCCCAGAGUCAGCUCCCAAGAAGCCAGUCCCCCAGAAGCGGAGGAAGAGCAAGAAGGCCCGGCUGCUGGGCCCCACGGUGACGCUGGGUGGCCACGAGUUCAGCCGCCAGAGACUGCAAGCCUUCGGCCUGAACCCCAAAAGGCUGCACUUCCGCCAGCUGAGCCGGCAGCAGCGGAGGAAGCAGGGCUCCAAGGGCCUCCACUGAGGACUGGGGAGCAGCCGGGGCCCGCGAGGGGGGCUGCAAGCCCCUGCCCAGGCUCGCCCUUUGUCCUGGAACCUUCUGUCAACCUGCAGACAAGGGAGCCUGCCCAUCCUCCAGGUGUGUAAACGGAGG